AUGGUGAGCGUGCCGGGAAGUAACUUGCAGCGAUCGCUGAAGGAAGCUCUGAAGAGACGGGAGACAAAGGGAACUUUGCGUUCGCUCAAGGUUGUCCCUGCCGGUGCCGUCGACUUUUCCUCCAACGACUUCCUCUCCCUCUCGACUAAUCCGUCGUUUCGAAGUCGGUUCCUGAGCAACCUCGCAGAGGCAUCGAGCUCGUUGCCUCUAGCGAGUACGGGCUCGCGGCUGUUGGACGGCAAUUCCUUGUACUCGGAGCAGUUGGAGCAGCAGAUUGCGAACUUCCACAAUGCGCCCAGCGGCCUAAUCUUCAAUUCAGGCUUCGAUGCCAAUUCAGGGGUGUUUUCCUGCAUCCCCCAGCCAGGCGACGUGGUUGUCUAUGACGAGUUAAUUCACGCAAGUGUGCAUGAUGGCAUGCGUCUAUCUCGUGCCAGGAAACUGGUUGCGUUCGCUCAUAAUUCGAUCGAGGACUUUGAGCAGGUUCUAGACGCACUGCUCGUCGAAGACCCUCUCUUGCUGACCGGUCGACGGAAUGUGUUUGUCGCUCUAGAGUCAAUAUAUAGCAUGGAUGGAGACUUUGCGCCGAUACAAGAGAUCCUAGAUAUCCUGGAGAAGAAGCUCCCGAGCGGGAACGGGCAUAUCAUGGUCGACGAAGCUCAUGCAACGGGAGUGUUCGGUACACAUGGAGCUGGUGUUGUGCAGCAGCUCGGCGUGGAACAUCGUGUGCUUAUCCGACUACAUACUUUUGGCAAGGCGCUGGCUAGCAAUGGAGGUAUACCUAUACUUCCUCUGGUUUGCAUGCAUGUUUUAGAAGCUGACAAUCGAUUCUACAAGCUAUUAUUCUUUGCUCUCCGCUUGUCAGAGAAUAUCUAA